AUGGCAUCUUCUAUCCAACAUGGCGUGUCUCAUCUGGCCUCCACUUCUCUUCUCGGUCUGCGACGGACUUCAGACAUGUUGGAGCAACAUGCAGUUGUGUCUGGAGCUGGAGCCAACAACUUCAGUCACUCGUACCAGCAUAGCACAAGGACAUCUAAUGGAGGGGAUGCCACACUUGCUGACGUAGUUCACUCGCUUGCACGUCGAGAUAGUGACGAUAUUGGGGCCUCUAGGGUGUCCGAUAUUGACUAUACUAGCCUGCUUGAGUGGAUUCGGUGUGAGAGAAUGAAAAAGCUCCCGCCAGAGGGGAGCAGCUACGACAAGGCUUUGGUAUGGGCAGCCUUGUUCGUCGAGCGUGUGCACUCGUUCGAUUUAGGGAUCGAGCAGUUUGCGGGUGACAGCCAUCUUGCUGCCCAGUUAUCUUACUGCUACUGCGCGAGCCUGCUCGAGUUGGGAGAACAAAAUGCCCCCGCUCUUAUGGACCUGUUUGGCUUCUUCUAUCGUUGCUCAGCUGGUCUGGGCAACCUGCUGGAUCGUGCUGAGCUCUUUGUGGUUUCUUCGGAUAUCAAGGAUCAACUCAUCCUCGCGUUAGCCGAUCUGGUCACCCUCGUUGUCUGUGUGGCCACGCACUUCCACCGAUCGCUACUUGCCUCACAAUCAGUCUCAAUCGAUAUUUAUAGCACUUUCCCCGGUCCAAUCGAUAGUUUUCGUGGUCGUUGCGAGCAAGUUUCAGAGCUCAUGUGGCGUCAUCAAUUGACACGAGAAGGUCUUGAUGGCAGUAAAGCUGUCGGAAUAAAUACCCUCAAAGAGUGGUUGCAGCCCGAAGACCCAGUUCUCGCUAAUGCCACCGACCCGAUGGCUUCUUCAGCUCAAGAACGCGAGGAAGCCACCUGCCUGUGGGUGAAGCCAUACCUGACGAGAUUUUUGAAAGGCGAACAGCAAGUGCUCUCCAUCACCGGCAAGCCUGGUUCCGGCAAGUCGGUCCUGACGACCGUCAUCAAUGAUCAUCUACAGCAUCCUAUCGGAGGGAGAAGAUACACGUCCAUCCUAGCACCCAUCAAUGGCCGGAUUCCCGCGAACACAACCCCGUGCGCCGUGGCCAAGACUAUCUUGUCACAGAUGUUUAGUAAGCGCAUCGGCAACUUGCAGCUGUACCAGAUCUUGGCCAGCACCUAUGAUCAGAGCCAGCAGUGUGUGGACGAAGGCAAUUACGACGAUCUACUAUGGAGUGCUCUGGCAAAUGCCCUGAACGCCAGUAUUGCGGGCGCCAAGGAGCUCGUUUUGGUCGUCGAUGGCGUGGAAGAGGCAAGCUGCGGAGAGAAAGCUCUAUCGCGCCGACUCCACGAAGCUACAUCCAAAGCCCCUGCCGUGAAGCUGGUUGUACUCGCAUCACAAAAGAUGGACUUGAUUGCCUCUCAGACAACAGUUGGAAUUUCAUCGGAGCUCACUUUCGACGAUGUCGCUGCCGUAACUCGCAAAAUUAUAUGCCAGAGCCACGCGUUCAAUGUGAUGUCCGACGAGGACCAGGAAGUGACGGUCACUCGCAUCACGGAGGCCUCUGAAAGCUCUUUCUUGUGGGCAAAAUUGACUGCCAAACGGUUGCGCGAUGAACACCCACCAAAUGAGCCUGCGCUCUCCAAAUCCCUAGAUAGCAUUGUCCGAGCGGGAUACACAAUCAACGAUCUCGUUGCGCACACCCUGCAUUCCAAGCUGGAUGAGGGGACGAAAAAGGUCUUAGUCUGGCUGGCCACUGCAGAUCGCCCUCUCACCCAGCAGGAACUGGCUGCUCUUCUCUCCAUCCAGCUCGAGAAGGCGGCCGUCGCUGGGAACUGUGACAUCGACUUCCAUCCCCUACUAAAGCCGGUUGCCUCGCUUGUCUUCUUCCAUAACCACCUGAUCUAUCUGAGGCAUGGGCAGAUACGCACUGCAAUUCUGGACACUUUCUCUAAAGGCAAAUUCUUGCCAGCAAUCAAGAACAGGGAUGCAGACUUUGCGCAACGACUUCUGUUGUACACGAAGCAAUGUGUGACGGAAAGUCAAGAUCCAUCCCUUACCCCACUGGAUGAGCGACUGACGGAGCACCUGCUGGAGAAACAUCCUCUCCUGGAUUUCGCGAUUCGCUACUGGACUGCUUAUGUCAAGACCGCGUUCGCAUGCACCAGCGCUCAAGAGAUCACGACGGCUAGCAAGAACCUGCGAUCUGUCUGGCCAACUAGUCCCACCUUGCCGCUUUUGGAGAUGAACGUGUGGGCGAGCAAGGCAACUCCGUCGCUCCGGUUAAUUUACGGGAUUCAGACACGCCUUUACCGCCAAAUCUUGAAUACCGAUCACCCCGCCACUCUGCAGGCCAUCCUGUCCCAGGCAAUCUUCUACCGAAAGAUUCAGACCACAUUGCCUGCUGAGAGCAGUCAGAUCUUCUACAAUGCGGCAAAAGUCAGUCAAACAAUGCUGUCCAUCCGGCACCUCAUCACCAUGGAAAUGGCCCAAUUCUUCCUGGAAUCCACCGCAGAUCAAAUUACCGAGUCCAAGACGGAGGUUAUGAUGCGAAGAGUUGAGGUGCUCCAGCUUCUGAUAGAAUGCUAUAAGGCCCAUUAUGGUGCGACGAACGUCAUGGUCACUUCCACGUUGACUCAGUUAUCCGAGCAUUACAGUCUCAUAAAGGAAGAGAGCAAAGCCCAGGAGAUCACCGUCUUGCUUCAGGGGUCUAUCACCGUGGGGACUAAGAAGCGGAGCGGAUCUCGGCAGAUGGACGACUCGUUGCUGGUCCAACUACACGGCCGCAAGGAUACGACAACAGAGGCAGGAACCACCUUAGCUUUGGAUGGAGAGGAAGCUGAUGAACUGAUUACCUGGUCUUUUGACUCGGAGACUUCCUUGGCCAAUGUCGAAAAAUACAUGUCAGCUGGUCGGAUAGAAGAGGCCGAGCGCACGUAUGUGGAGCUAUGGCAGCAGGCUAGCCAGGAAUAUCGGCUGAGCCACUCCCCUGAGCAGAAGGUUUUGAUGCUGCGUGCCGUCCUCGCGUACGCCCAAUUCCUCAAAAGUGAAAAGAGAGAAAACGAAGCGGCUUCAGUCCUUGCCGGAUUUUGGGGAGAGCAUGAGCAGACCAUCUCCAGUGCAGAGGUCUUGGUAUCUAACUUCAUGCAGCUUGGACAGUUGAUGAAAUCCGUCGGGUUGUCCGUGGUGGCACUCGAUGUCUUCAAGCACUGCGCACAGAGUACCAGUAGCCAGAGCGCUAUUUACAAGGAGCUACAACAUAACAUCCAGUCCACAUCCCAGGAAAUUGUGCGGAUGGCCGCCAGCUCAUCGUCUAAAUCAUCGUCAUCUAUUGUGACCGAGUCGAGCCUCAAAGAAAUGGUAUAUAACUUGUCCACCGUUGAUCAGGUGUCCACCACAGCAACCACCACGCUAGUUGAGAUGUACAUGUCCCAGCACAGGUGGCAAGAUGCAACGAGCAUGCUGAAACGAGUAUUGCGAGGUGUUUGGCCUGCGUUGUUUGCGCCCUCGCUUGAAGACGUGGCUAUACCAUCAGCCCAUGUUGAGUAUUGCUUUGAGCUUGCGGAGUGUCUAGCCAGUUGCUACCGCUCCCGCCGUCGCCCGAUCAAGGAAGAGGAUAUUCGGGUUCGGCUUUAUCGUGCAGCUAGACGCGAUCGACCGGUAAGUGGAGAUCGACUCUUGGAGCAAGUCACAACGAGCCUCCUUCGUCUAUACGAGCGUACCUCCCAGACCGACAAGGUUAUCAGCAUUCACCAGGAUAUGUUGCAUGAUUAUACCGAGCGAUUUGGCAAAGAGCAUCCUACUGUGAUUCAGAAACUUUGGACGUUGGCCGAGAUGACACGACCGCUUCCCAUCGCAGUAGAUUAUUAUCGUCAGAUCGUCCAGUGCUUGAACAAGGGGUCGGAAACCUGCCACCCAGAUGCGUUCGAGCCACUCCUGAUCGUGGCGACCGAACUUCUGAAACAAUGUCGGUAUGCGGAGGCGCUGAAGCCGUGCCGGGUACUGUUCACCACCCUGCAGAGCCCAAAGACCAGCCCGAAAUUACGAGAUCCAGGGUUCGUCCAGACCAUUUAUGAGCGCUAUUUGCACUGUUUGCGUGAGGCUCAUAGCGACACCUCUACAAUCCACGAUGUGACGGUGCAAUAUCGCAAAGCGUGCAUCAGCAUCUUCGGCGUCAGCUCCUCGAUCACUAUCCAGGCGACCAAGACGCUGGCCAAUAUCUGUCAGGAAUCCAAGCAAUAUGAAGCGGAAGCGAUCCAGCUCUACGAAGAGCUCUUGCAGAUGAAAUCCAGCGAAGUCGAGGUCGACCGCCAAGACAUCCGCGAUAAUCUGGAUGCGAUCUACGAACAGCAAAAUGUCUCGUUGACCGCGUCGAAAGUGGAAACCAUGACCGCUAAAGAGCUUCAGAAAGUGGUGUCUAUCCGCACCCAACGCCUGACCUGUAUCCGCUCCAGCUACGGAUGGGCCCACGAGGAGGCCCUUUCUCAGAUGGAAGAGAUCGUCUCGUUGCGCACUAAACAGGGGGAGUCGCAGGCUGUUAUCUCAAUGCUACAGGAAGCAACAACUCAGGUGCUAUCGACCGAGACGUCCUCUGUCAAGCUAGCGGCGGCAGCCAAGAGCAUUGCAUCUAGCUACAUCGCAGCCGGUCAGGUGCAGCGAGCCAAGGAGCUCUCUCACGAUAUCUACAGCCAGAUAAUCACCAAAAAUACCAGCAAUACCAGUUCCUUUGGUUUUAAACAGAGUUCGCGCCAGCGACUUGGCCUCAUUUUCCUGGCCCAGCUCGAACACAGCCUUCAGGAAUUCGAGGAUUCCUCGGUAACGUUGAACGAGAUCUACGCCGCCCUCACUACGGAAUAUAUGUACUUUGAGCAGUUCCGCAAUGUCCUCGAGGCAGAAUCCUGGAACCUCCAGAAGACAGCGACUACGGUGGCUCGCCUGCACGCAUUCUUGCUCAGUCGCGGUCGUCAGUUUGCCGCCGAUAAAGUUGUGGAUCAGUACACCAGCUUCUUCUUGAAGACCCAGGGCUCCAGCCUGCAGAUUGAUCUUCACCAGGCCAAGGUCUUUAUCGAAACAGUCCUAGGUUAUUUUAACACCCAUACUUCGCGCGACUUCGGGCGUUCAGUGGCCAUCGCCGCUUACAACCGAGUAGCCUAUCUGCUCGAUUCUGAGGAUCACCAGUCUGCCUGCCACCUUGCAAUGGCGUCGUUGAAAUAUAUCGAUGCUCACAAAGGCUUUUCGUCCCAGGCAAUACUCAAACUGGUAUUCAAGCUGGGUCUUCUUCUCGCUGGCCGAAAAACUGACAUUGGCCCAACCACUUCGGUCAAGAAGUACAUGGAUAGAACGUCGGCAACAAUCUUGCAUGAUACGCUGGCAUACUUCAAGUCACACAACUUCGAGCUCGCACAGCUGGAUUUGGCGCACGUCAAUAGCCUGAUCAAGGCUCUAGACGAGCAGCAUGACUACCAAACCUUAGCCUGGGUCCUCACUUCCCUCUGGGAAAGUCGGGAUACUCAUGCCCUGUCCCAGCCCCAGCAUGCGUAUACCCUUGCUCUCGGUCGCAUGCUGGUCAUCACCCGAUAUCUCAUUGGUGACUACACUGCAUCCGUCCGGCUCGCAGAGGAUCUUGUGUACAAUUGCGCUCGUGUUCAUGGACCCCGACACCCGAGUACCGUUGAGAUGACAGUCCUGUUAUCGCAGAUGUACACCAGUGUCGCUCAAGGCUACCAGAGCCAGACAAGCCGCCGCGAGCUGGCCUAUCGUUAUUACCGUAAAGCAGCCGCGCUGCAUGAGAAUGCCCUACGCGUAUUCAUCGACCCUUCCUCGGCGGCUUCGACCGAGAUGGACGUGGAGGUCAUCUCCGGUAUGUCCUCGCCCUCGUCUACCUCCAGUCCAGGUGAGAACGCGGAAGAAGGAAAACAUGUUCGGCAACACUUGCAUAUGCUCAAACUUGCUGUCGAGCGCCUAGGGGAUUGGCCAAAGGAGUAUUCUGAAUAUGAACGACUUAGCAAUGAUCUGUUCCGCACAUUUGCGAAUGAUCUUGAGGGAGUGGAUGGUGUCGAUAAGUGGAAUUUGCAGUCGUUCGGGGCUGGCAAGGCUGAAGCCAGCGACGACCUCCUCUCGUUUGCCCACGAGCACCUGGCAAUUGCUGUUUGA